AUGCAUAAACUUCCUGCAGAAACAUCCAUCUUCUCUGCCGAAGCUUGGGCGCUGCUUGAAGCCAUAGGAAUUAUCGAAGAACUUCACUGGAUCAAUUCCGUCAUUUUCACCGACUCACUAAGCGUGCUUCAAGCUAUCUCGCAAUACAAUCACAAGGCCGACAACCACAUUAUAUACAAACUUAAACAUAAGCUCUUUCUUCUAGAUAAAUUAAACUUCAACCUGACACUAUGCUGGGUCCCGGCACAUAAAGGAAUUCCAGGAAACGAAAACGCAGAUCAAGCUGCCAAAAUUGCGUCCCGUCAAGGAUUCAUUCCCCCGUUCCGCAUUCCAUACGCGGACUAUUUUGCCGAGAUCAACUGUAAUACUACCAACAAAUUCAGAGCUUAUCUGGAAGAAGCGGCACAAGUUAACGGCACCCAACAUGCUUCUUUAUACCAACAUACUCUUUAUAAGCGCCCUUGGUUUCAUCGCAAACCUCUUGACAGAGAAGAAAUAGUAAUAAUCAACCGACUCAGAAGCAACCACUACAACUUAAAAUACAGCUUAUUCAGAAAAAACAUGUCAGACUCACCGAAUUGCCCCUGUGGGGAAGGUCGGCAGGACGCCAAUCAUAUCAUUUUUUAUUGUCCUAUUACCAUUCCGAAAUCAUCUAAUCUCAGACAAUACCUUAAAGAUAAAUAUCCUUCAUUCCAAAUCAACAUCUUUUCUAUCCUUGGCUACCCUACUACUAAACUAUGUCGCCUCAUAUUUCAUCACUUUCAUAUUUCAAGUCGUGUGAACUCAACAUUUGAACCCUCCCGCCUCGUGCACAAGCACGAGUUCACGUCUCCGACGCGAUUCAAGGGGAGGGCGCUCAAUGCUCACUUUAAGUAG